AUGCAAUAUACUCAAGGAACAAUUGAUUAAAUGAUAAAAAAUAAAAAAAAAUUACCUUCGCCUGUUCAAAUUAUAAAUGUCUUAGAGUAUGAAAGAUUUGAUACAUUUAUUUUAUAAAAAUGUGAAAUACAUGAUGGGAUUAAGUCUGAAAAAAUUUAUUUAAUAUUAAAUGAAUGUUUGAGCGAAUAAGAAAUUAAAGACCAAAAGCCUUUUAUUCAAAUUGAAGAUUAUAAAUUGUAAGAUGGUUUUUUAGUGGUAGGGAAAUAUAAGGAAGGUAUGAAUAAUAAUGUUAAUGAUCUUAGUUUCAUACUUACCCUUCAAAGAAUCAAAUAUCAAAUUUCAAGAAGGGGCUCAAAAUUGGAAGGAUUUGAAGUUGAACAAAUUUUCAGAUUUAAUAAAAGAUAAUUACUAUAAUAUAAAAGUCACUUUAAAGGAUUCAGCUGAAAAGUACACUUUUGAUGGUACGAUUUACUUAAUUUUAACUUUAAAUGAUUCUUUAAGUCCACAAUCAAUCAAAGGCUUAAUAUUUAUUAAUCAGGUAGGAAUGGAUGCUUAUUCAGACUUUAAAAGUUUGCUAGUAAAUGAGGUAGAAUAUGUUUUAGAGAACGUAAGAGUUGACACAUAUAAAAACAGCAAUAGAAUAUAUUUUGCUGAAACAACCAAAGUAAAAGUCAUACCUUCAUCAAUAAAAUGGUUUAAGUUCAAUGAGAUUAAUUUUCAAAUGAUUGGAAAAAAUUGCAAUUUAAUAGGUUAUAUUUACAAGAUUGACCAGUUAAAAUAAAUCUCAGCCAACCUUAAAAUGAGGAAAAUUACAAUUUUUGAUCUGGAUUCUUGCAAAGUAAAGAUAGUUGUCUGGGGUUAAUUAGCUGAAAAGUUGGAUUUACAAGAAAAUACAACUUUAGGGUUUCAGAACUUAGUCGUUAAAGAAUAUUAAAACAAAAUUCAGCUCUAGUUAAAUUAUAAAACAAGAAUCAUCUCCAAUAUAACCAGUUAAAUUUAAAUAUAGAAUUUUAGUGAAUAAAUUGAUUAAAUUGAUAAGAGAUCCAGGUUUUAUAAGAUGAAAUUUACAGAUCUAAGGAGGAUUCAAAAUGAUUUCAAAUAAACUUCUGAUCUUAAUUUUAUUAACUACUAUAGAAUUAUAAGUUCUAUUGUCAGCAUUUAAGAGAUUGAUUAAAUUUCAGCUAGAAAUACAACUUUACAGUUUCUUGUUGGUCUUAGAGACAAAUCUCAAACUGAUUUAGCAGUAAAAGCUAAUAAUAACAAAUUUAUAAAAGGGAUUUUAAGUAUAUAUAUUCAAAAAGUUAGAUUUGACGAACGAAGAACUAAAAGCAUUGUAGGAAAAACCUUAGAAAUUUGACUUAAGCAAGUUAUUAAGGGAAACUUAGAAUAAAGUGUUUGAUUUCAUUAUAAUUGGACAGAAUGUAGAAGUAAAUAAUGAAAUAAAACCGAAAUUUCAAUUGGUUAAAAUCAUGCCAGAUGAAGGCAAUAUUAUUGAUGAAAUUUAAAAAAAGAUCAAGCCAAAUUGA